CGCGCCGCCCCAUGUGACCCGGUCCGACAUGGUGUCGCCUCCUCCCGGGGCAGCGGCGGUGGCGGCUCGGGUUGGGCUCCGCGUCGGGCCGGCCCCGCGGCCGCUCAUGGGCAGCCAGGGCCGCUCGGGGCCCCCCGGGAACGGCGGGCCGGGUGAAGGCGAGGGCGGAGAGGCGAGGAAGCUGCAGGAAGGGAGGGUCGCGAGGGGGAAGCGAAGGAAAGGGAAGGGGAAGGGAAAAGCGAGCGCAGGGCAAGGCGGAAGAGGAAGCGGGGCGGAAGGGAAGCCGGGGCCGCAGACGGUGAAGGAGGCAGCGGGGCCGGGGGCUGAGGCGGGAGCGAGGGCAGGCCCGAGGGAGGAAGCAGAGGGAGGCGGAAGCGUGGAGGAAGGGGCGAGAGGCAUCAAGGGAGAUAAGGGGAGCGCAGGAACCGGGAAGGAGGCACAGGGAAAAGAGUAUGGGAAGAAGGAGGAAUGGAGGGUCAGGGCUAGGCGGCGGGAGGGCGUCAGGCCGGGAAGAGCACAGGGACGAGGUGGCCAGGCUUGGGCCGACAUCGCGGGGACGGGGGCGGCCAUGGCGGCGGCUGCCGGGGAGGAGGAGGAGGAGGAGGAGGAAGCUGCUCGGGAGUCGGCUGCCCGCCCGGCCGCGGGGCCUGCGCUCUGGCGCCUGCCGGAGGAGCUGCUGCUGCUCAUCUGCUCCUACCUGGACAUGCGGGCCCUCGGCCGCCUGGCCCAGGUGUGCCGCUGGCUGCGGCGCUUCACCAGCUGCGACCUGCUCUGGCGCCGGAUAGCUCGGGCCUCGCUCAACUCCGGCUUCACGCGGCUCGGCACCGACCUGAUGACCAGUGUCCCAGUGAAGGAACGGGUGAAGGUGUCUCAGAACUGGAGACUGGGGCGCUGCCGAGAGGGGAUUCUGCUGAAGUGGAGAUGCAGUCAGAUGCCUUGGAUGCAGCUAGAGGAUGAUUCUCUGUACAUAUCUCAGGCUAAUUUCAUCCUGGCCUACCAGUUCCGUCCAGAUGGUGCCAGCUUGAACCGUCGGCCUCUGGGAGUCUUUGCUGGGCAUGAUGAGGAUGUUUGCCAUUUUGUGCUGGCCAACUCACAUAUUGUCAGUGCAGGAGGAGAUGGGAAGAUUGGCAUUCACAAGAUUCACAGCACCUUCACUGUCAAGUACUCGGCUCAUGAACAGGAGGUGAACUGUGUGGAUUGCAAAGGGGGCAUCAUUGUGAGUGGCUCCAGGGACAGGACAGCCAAGGUGUGGCCUUUGGCCUCAGGCCGACUGGGGCAGUGCCUACACACCAUCCAGACUGAAGACCGAGUCUGGUCCAUUGCUAUCAGCCCAUUACUCAGCUCUUUUGUGACAGGGACGGCUUGUUGCGGUCACUUCUCACCCCUGAGAAUCUGGGACCUCAACAGUGGGCAGCUGAUGACACACUUGGGCAGUGACUUUCCUCCAGGGGCUGGGGUGCUGGAUGUCAUGUAUGAGUCCCCUUUCACACUGCUGUCCUGUGGCUACGACACCUACGUUCGCUACUGGGACCUCCGCACCAGUGUCCGGAAAUGUGUCAUGGAGUGGGAGGAGCCCCACGACAGCACCCUGUACUGCCUGCAGACAGAUGGCAACCACCUGCUGGCCACAGGUUCCUCCUACUACGGUGUUGUACGGCUGUGGGACCGGCGCCAAAGGGCCUGCCUGCACGCUUUCCCGCUGACGUCGACCCCCCUCAGCAGCCCUGUGUACUGCCUGCGUCUCACCACCAAACAUCUCUAUGCUGCACUGUCUUACAACCUCCAUGUCCUGGAUUUUCAAAACCCAUGACCAUCAGGGCCACCCUUGCCUACGGACCAGGGAAACCAGCUACUCAGGGACCUCUCUUGUUUGGAGGAUGCAGUGAUAACUCUCCCACUGCCCCACUAUGCUCCUGGACCUGUGACCCCAGUGCUUGGGCACCUUGCCCUAGAGUCUGACUCCUGGGGCUUGGGGGCUUACCAGAGAUGCAGUCCCUCCCAGGAACCUGUUGGAGAGGCAGGACCUGCUGCUUCAGAGGAGUAUGGCUGUACCCCUGCCUUGUGUCCCGGAGAGGCCCAUCUUACACCCCUUAUUAGAGCCACGACAGCCUGCAGAGUGAGGGGAGGAGCGCCUACCUUCCCAAAUGGUUCCUUUCUGCACCUUCAUGGAAGGAAAGGUGAGGCUGCCAGUAGCCCCCUGGCACCAGCCAGACUUCACCCUUGACCAUCCUUUCAGGGCCGGAGGUUCAUUCCUGGCGCACUGUGGCCUGGUUUUGCUUUGAAACCAGGAAAGGGCAAAGAGAACCCAGCAGUUCUGAUUGAGUUCUGAGCCAGCCCUCCCUCAGGCUGGCUGUGGAGACAUGUUACAAUGUUCAUUUUUGUAAAAAUAAAGCUUGAUUGUUCA